UGGAACUAGAUGCGCCUUGUGGUCCCUUCCAACCCUGACUGAUUCUACGAUUCUAUGAACCUGCCGGCGGGGAUCACCGGGACAGGCUUCGGGUGCCGGGGGUAGCUGAGCACCAGUACCGCCGCGGCUCACGGAUGGCUGCGGACUCCUGCUUUCGCUGCGCUCCCUCUAAGAUUUGGCCCCUGCAGGCAUCCGUAGCAGGACGCCCAUGCAGUGGCACGCCGGGAGUAGUAGUCCGCUCCGGCGGCGCGCCGGUGCCGCGGCAGCUCCCCCAUGGCGGCAGCGCGGUGGCGGCUCCUGCCCUCGCUGCUGCUGCCCCUCACCUGCGCCUGGGCUUCGGGCAGCACCGAUCCGCCGGACGGCGGCUGGCUGGCGGGCGCGGUGCCGGAGGAGCAGCGAUGCACGGUGGAGCGGGCUGAUGCCUCCCUCACCUACCCACUCUUCUUGCAGCGGUUCGCUUUCUCCCGGCCGGUCAUCCUCCGCGGAGUCACGGACAAUUCGGCAUUCCGUUCCCUCUGCACCCGGGAGAAGCUGCUGGCGGCUUUUGGGGCGCGCCUGGUGCGGCUCAGCACCGCCAACACCUACUCGUACCGCAAAGCUCCCUGUGCCCGCAGUGGAUGUGCCCUUCCAGGAGUACGUGGAGCAGCUGCUGAAGCCGCAGGACCCAGCCCGGCUGGGCAGUGACACCCUCUACUUCUUCGGGGACAACAACUUCACAGAGUGGGGUCACCUCUUCCAGCAGUACGUGCCCCCCCCGUUCCGCAUCCCUGGCACCAGCCCUGCCUACAGCUUUGGGAUUGCAGGCUCUGGCUCUGGUGUUCCCUUCCACUGGCAUGGGCCUGGCUACUCCGAGGUGAUCUUUGGCAGGAAGCGCUGGUUCCUGUACCCACCGGAUCAAGCCCCUCACUUCCACCCCAACGAGACCACGCUGGCCUGGCUCCACCACACCUACCCCACGCUGCCGCCAGCCCAGCGACCGCUGGAGUGCACCCUGCGCCCUGGCGAGGUGCUGUAUUUCCCUGACCGCUGGUGGCACGCCACGCUCAACCUGGACACCAGCGUCUUCAUCUCCACCUUCCUGGGCUAGAGCUGGGAAGGCCAAGGAUGUACCCCCGGGCAUGCCACCACCAUCACAGCCACAAUGGAACUGUGCCAGGGUGGCAGCUCUGUCCCUGCCAUUGCCAGGAAAGGGCAGUGCCCGCAGCCACCCACUCAUCUGCUGGGGUUGGGACCAAGUACCUGGAGACAUUCUGCUUUUUGCAGGCUUUGAACUUCUCCCUUCGAUUAAAGUUCUCCCAAAGCACUUCA